GCUGUUAGCGGACGUCACGACUAAAAACAAUCGAUUAAAUUGAAAAUUCAGCCACAUUUUAAAGUAAAAUGGCGAUUUAAUUUACGAAAUUGAUACACCAGUUUAUAAAGUCAUCUAAAUUAGACUUUUAUCUCCACCAACGGCUCAGUGAGGCGAACUAACCCCGGGAGAGGACGAAGAAGGCGGGUACGGUAGCCGAGGGGAAGCCACCAGCUGCUCUGCCAUUGGUGUUUACCGUCUACACAUUAUGGUUUAAAUGUCUGGCGGUGAUAUCAAACCUCAGAGACCUGCCUUUGUUGGAUUUCAGUUCAAAAUGGUGACCAAGAGGAUCCGCUCCGAGUACAUGAAGAAGUUCAAAGAUCCCAAAUGGGAGACAUACACUAAGUGCUAUGAGGAGAUGCUGAAGUACAGGCUGACCCGCAGGCUGCUGGAGCACACACACAACCCCUGGUUCUGGAAUGGCACCGACAGUGAUUCAGACUCUGGAGGACGGAGCCCCACUCCUCCCAGUAAGAACCAGGUACGGGCUGAGACCAGCAGAGACAGGGCGGAGGCUGAGGUGGAGGAGUGUGAGGGGGCAAGGAUGGAGAGACAGCAGGAGCAGCAGCAGGGCAGAGCCACAGGGUCUGUACCCAGGCUGCCCCUUCAAGAGGAGGAGGAGGAGAAUGUGUCUGCAGUCCAUGGCUCACAACUUAAUGGUGCUCAAGAUGCAGGAGUGCCAGAGGUGGAGAGAGAAGAACAGAAUCACAGGGAACAGGACAAAGAGAGAGACACUAGAGUACCCCGAUCACGGCAGAGUAAACCCCCCAAAGCCUCAAAGCAAACAUGGCACUCCCAGCGGGUCAGGCCUGCACCAACACGGCAGCCCAGAGACGACAGUAAGGAGAGCAGACAUCCUUUUGCUCUGUACGGUUCAGGAGAGAAGGAUGCAGACAUGGCAAGCAGGAAGACGCACAACGUCGGCCCUGUAGCUUCAACCACUGAGAUCCAUGAGUCGGCUCUUCGGGCCAAGACCAGGCGGGAGGUGGAGCGUCAGAUCCAGGCUCAGAGAACCGAGCGCCGGAGGGCCAAGUCUGCUGAUGUGGACAAGUCCAGAAAGUUGGUUCAACCAGAAUUCAACCCCUGGCUCACUGAGUACAUGCGCUGCUUCUCUGCUCGCUCUCGAUAGGACACACACGCACGUACACACACUCAGCAGAAAUAUUUACAUCAGGGUAAUUCCAGACAAAAAGACAGAAAUAAAGCCAUUACUGCCUCCCACCCCUGAAGUUUAAAUACCCACAGAUGUAGACUAGAGCACGGGGUGGACUGAUUCAUACAAAGGCGCCAAAAUGUGUAUCGCUCUCUCCUUCAGGACGUAAACUGACAAAACUUUGAAAUUCACUGUGUGGCUUAUUCCCCCAGAUGUGUACUAUCAUGUGUUUUAUAUAAAUCAAUUUUAAUACAGUAUACAAUAAGAAGCAUUUUACAGGGUUUAAGAGACUCUUGAACGAAGUGAUUUGAAAGUAGUUGUAUAAUUAACAGAUUAAUCUACCAUAUACAGAUAUUUUGGUUAGAAUGAAGAGUCUAAAAUACAGCCAUACUUUGAUGCACUCCCUUUAAACACGGUAUAUAAAAUAUCUCCACGUUUUUUAUACAGGGAUUUUAAACCAGUGGACUCACACAGGAGUAUUGAAGGCACAUGGCAGCAUGUGUGAGUUGAUUCAGCCACGUUCCUAAAAACACUUCUGAGAUCAAACAUGAAGAAUGUACAUACCUCUGUUGUAUACACAUAUAUACAAAACCAAACACACAGUUGUUUGUAUUCCAAAAAGUUGUGCUAAGCGCAGCAAGAUGGCCUAAUCAGCUGAGAGUUUUCCUCAUACGUUUGCAGCUUUCGAUGUGGAUAAGCAUUUUCUUAUUUGUGCUGAGUACAAAGUAUCGAUUGACUUACAGAAAUAUGUCUAGGAGUUUUACAGCUUUUGGUUUUCAGAUCACUCAGUGCUCUGGACUAGUUCUUGUAGAUUUACUGGUGUGUGUAACUGUUUAUGGAUUGAUCCGAGCUGACUGGGUUUAGAUUAAUAGUGAAUCACACACUCUCACAGUCAGACUCAAACUCUGUGUACAAUCAUAGCUGUGUCACGUGGCACAUUUUUGCAUGAGCUUUUUAUGUGUGUGACUGCAGGGCUUGGAUGAAUGGUCAGACACCGACUGGCAGGUUCAUUUUAUUUCAACAUCACAGUACAGUACUUGCCUUUAUGCCUCUCUGCACACAGCAGGCCUCCACUCCUUGUUAUCGUCCUACCUGGCACCUACCUCUGCCAGCUCAGGUCAGCAGUUUGUCAGACCCAGCUUCAUGGUGGUAUUUAAAGGGAAAUUUUAUAACUUAUUUUCAACCAGUUCUGUGUCAUUGCGGAGUGUGCAUUGUGUGCAAAUGAAUGUUCGGCUUCCCUUGGAAGCACCGUUUAUUUACACAAACUGCAUACACUGCGGUUUCCCUUUAAGUUUCCCUUUGAGCACAUUAUUGCAGCCUGCUUGGAAGAUCAACAAUUUGCAACCCACUCAAGGACACCUCGUGAUGAUCCCCUAACAACAACUCAAAGGGUGGACACCCUGUGGAGGCCUUGUGCACUAACUGUUGACUCUCUACUCUAUGUUCUGUGUCGUCUUCUGUUGCUCUGCACCUUCCUCUGCCAUCUCCUAUAUCAGUAGUGUGUCGGACUCAGCUUCACUGUGGUUAUUUAAGCACAUUAUUGUGUUAUAGUGUUAUUGCAGCCUGCCUGGCAGAUCAACAGUCAGACCAAAUACUCAGAGGUGCGUCACCCCUUCCGUGAGCCACUGUGCCCGCUCUCCAUCUGCAGCUAAUGCUCAACCACACCCGUGCUAAACAGUGUUUUUAACUUGAAAUUGUUUCAUAGCGACAUUUGUGUUUGUUCUUUAGUUAAUGUGUGUGUAAAGUAAUCAGUCGACCAGGUGCUAUCGCAGUGUGAGAAUGAUGUGUGUGACUUUAAAGCCAUUGGAUGACUGUGAACAGUAUGUGGACACUGCAGUGUUUCUGUUACAUACUCACUGGUCGUGGGACUCUUUCCAACAGAGAAACUGAAUAGCAAAAAAGACAUAAAGCUAAUUUAGGUUAUUUUCAAAGCGUAACAAUCAAAUGUUGAGGCCAACUUCCGUUAUCAUUGCUGUUACUAAAUAUGCUUUAGAACCAAAAGGGGAACCACAACAACAAUGGACAUUAAGCUGAUGUCUAAAUUACCUUUAGUGAGAAAUACCUGAGUACAUAUUGCUGACUUACUGCUUACUGGUUAAGGCAGCAUGCACUCUAAAGCAGGACCAAAUGAAACAGCACUUUGACAGUUAGUCACCUUUCUGAAAUAAUACGUGUACAGAACAUCUUGCUACCUGUUUAGAUUUUCAUGUGUUUUGUUCAUCUUUUGAAUCUCUCAUAUUUGUUUGUAUGUGUGUAUAUUUUUAACAUCAAACAAGGUUUUUUGUACUUACACAAGAAGUCAAAAAUUGGAAUUUGAAUCUGGUCUUUGUUAUCAUCAAGAAAGAAGAAAUCAGAUCCUAGUUAUCACGAUAAAAUCAGCUCUGUGCCAUAAAGACUUGAGAAACGUUUUUUCUCCUCUGCACAACUAAAGUUAUUGAUGUGAAUAUUGUACAGAAAAAGGAGAGCUGUGCUUUAGACAUUUAAGUUUCUCUAGAUCUUAUGUUGUUGCAACUCUGAGUUCAGUAUUACAUUACUUGCUAUUGAUUUAGUUCUAAAGUGUUUUUAAGUUAAACUGUAAUAUAGUUCAAACGAUGUGAGAUUUUGUGCAAUAUUUAAAUAUUUGCAUUUGAGCCAGUUUGUUUUUUAGAUGUGGUAAACUUCGACAGUCUCAGAAAGCAGGAGUGGAACAAGAUAAUUAUAUUAUCUUAUAAUUCCUUUAUAGUUAAAACUUUAUAGUUAAGAUUCUCUUAAUACUGUACUUACAGUCAGAUUUUCUAGGUGUAAUAGGUCAUGUAUAGAAGAAAGCCAUCAAGCCUAAAUAUCCCUUUACACCAGGACAGUGUCAUCCCACAUAAUCAUCCCACUCAAAAACUGAAUCACGCAUAAUGAAGAGUGAAGAGGUUAUAAUCAGUGGGCACCAGAAGUACUGAAGUUCCAGCUGCUGACAAACUCAAGUGUAGAGUCUGGUUUUAGUGAAAAAGCUUCUGCUGUUCCUCAUGAUAUCAAAUACAAUUUAAGUUAUCUCAUUUCAUAAUGACAUAAGGGAUGUAACAAUAACUAAAUACUGUAAAACUUAGUGAUACAUUUUCAUGUUUACAUUUUAGGCUUUUAAUAUACAGUGCACAUAUUUUAUAUGGUUUAGAGGAAGACUGUUUAGGUUAAAUGGUGUUUGUGCAAAGCUUUUAAUAAAUCACUUUUCCACUUA